AUGUACACCCAAGGCAUGCAUUGGGGACUCCUUUACAUUCUACAAGGAAUAAAGCCAUGCACAUUUGAAGAGUUAGCAACUCGUGCUCAUGAUAUGGAAUUGAACAUCGCCAGCAGAGGAACUAAAGAUUUUCCUGUUCCUGAAGUAAGAAAAGAUAAGAAGGAGACAAAGGGUGCUGAAAAGGUAGUGAAGAGCACCGUCAAGGAAUCUAUGGUCGUAAAUGCGACUCCACUAAAGUUCUCUAAAAAAAAGAAAGGGAGAGCUGAAAAGAAGGAUGAUGGAAGAAACGUGGACGAUCCCAACUACUGCAAGUAUCAUCAAGUCAUCGGUCACCCAGUAGAGAAAUGUUUUGUGUUGAAAGAGCUAAUUCUAAGGUUAGCUCGUGAGAAAAAGAUACAGCUAAACCUGAAGGAGAAUGAAAACCCAAGAGUUGUUGCAUGUCAUGCUAUUAAUGCAACCAAGGAAGAAAGCAUCCCGCCAAGAUCAGUAGAGGAGGAGGAGGUGUUAAAAGACUUAUCGAGAUUCAAUGUGGAUGAUUUGUUAUCACUUCCUCAAGAAACCAAAACCAUCCUUAUCAAUGCAUUAUUGAAUUCAGCAGCAUCAAGUUCGAGUGCUCCAACUGCGACAUACGAGAAGAGUCGACGGAUCCUCAUCGAUAAUGGAUCAACUGUCGACAAAAUGUCGAAGUCGAUUAUGAGGCAAUUAGGCAUCUUGAUGGAUGAACUCUCAAAUAGUAAACUGGUAAUUCAAGGUUUCAACCAGGGCAGCCAAAGAGUAAUAGGUAUGAUACGCUUAGAACUCAUAAUUGGUGACCUAAAGGCUAGUGCAUUGUUUCAUGUUAUAGACUCGAGGACCACUUAUAAGUUGUUACUCGGUUGUCCUUGGAUUCAUGGAAAUGGAGUAGUAACUUCGACAUUGCAUCAGUGCUUUAAAUUUUAUCAAGACAUUGUAAAGAAGGUUGAGGUCGACUAUAACCUGUUCUCAGAGGCUGAGUCUCACUUUGCAGAUGCAAAGUUUUAUUGGAAGAAUGACAAUAGCCCAGAAGUCGUGUCUAUAGAAUUUCUUUUGUAA